GAAGAUAAAGUAUUAUAAUGAAAUGUGCAAAGACCUGAAGCUAGAAAAUCAAAAGGAAGGAGCGUGCUUGGCAUUUCUCAAGCUGAAAGAAGUGAAGAAAAAAUUCAAGCAUUUGACACCUGUUAUGCCAUCUUAUAAUAAGACUGAUGUCCAUCCAUCAACCUUCAUUCUCAUCGGCAUUCCUGGGUUGGAGGUUGCCCACAUCUGGAUGUCCAUCCCCUUUUGUGUGGUCUACCUUUUGGCCCUACUGGGAAACUUCUCCAUUUUGUUCAUCAUUAAGACAGACCCCAAACUUCAUGAGCCAAUGUAUCUCUUCCUCUGCAUGCUGGCUGUGGCUGACCUUAUUGUGUGCACUACAGCUGUGCCAAAACUUCUCAGCCUCUUCUGGUUCAAUGACGGAGAGAUUCAUUUUGAAGCCUGUCUCACUCAAGUGUUCCUGAUUCAUUCUUGCUCCACCAUGGAAUCUGGGUUCUUUCUGGCCAUGGCUUUUGACCGCUAUGUAGCCAUCUGUCAUCCAUUAAGACAUUCGAUGAUUCUGACACACACAGUGAUAGGGAAGAUAGGUCUAGCCAUUGUACUCCGGGGCACAGUGCUUUUCAGUCCUCAUCCUUUCCUGCUGCGGUUGCUUCCCUAUUGCAAAACCAAUAUCAUUUCUCACACCUACUGUGAGUUCAUGGCCCUCAUCAAAAUUGCCUGUGCUGAGACAAGAAUCCGUGGAGCCUACAGCCUAACUGUUGCCUUCCUUACAGGGGGGGUGGACUUUAUACUGAUCAUUUGUUCUUAUAUACUCAUACUCCACACUGUUUUCCACCUCCCAUCUAAAGACGCCCGACUCAAGACCUUGGGCACCUGUGGCUCCCAUGUCCUUGUCAUCUUGGUGUCCUAUACUCCAGCCUUCUUCUCUUUUCUCACCCACAGGUUUGGGCACCAUGUAGCUCCCCAUGUCCACAUAUUUGUAGCUAACAUCUAUCUUCUGGUGCCACCCAUGGUAAAUCCCAUUAUCUAUGGGGUGAGGACCAAGAGGAUACGGGACAGGUUCCUUAAACUUUUCAGUUUUUUAAAACCUCUGAACUGAAUCCUCUUUUUGGCAACUAAUAUUCAAAGAAAAACUUUUUAAUAUCCAUCUAAGAGUAUGUGGUUUCUCAUCAACCCCCUCCUUUAAUAGUUAAAUGA